AUGGUAAGGAUCAAUAGCUUUAAUGUGCGAAGAGUACUCUUGGACCAGGGAAGUUCUGCGGAUAUUAUUUACGGCGAUGCAUUCGAGCAGUUGGGAUUAACAGAUAAAGACCUGAUGUCGUACACUAGGACUCUGGUAGGUUUCUCGGGAGAACAGGUCUGGGUACGUGGCUGCCUGGAUUUAGACACGGUCUUUGGAAUUGACGAGAACGCCAAGCUUUUGCGUGUAAGGUAUUUGGUAUUGCAGGUUGUGGCAUCAUACAAUGUCAUCAUCGGACGGAACACGCUAAAUCGCCUCUGCGCAGUAAUUUCAACGGCUCACCUAGCGGUGAAGUACCCACUGAUCUGCGGUAAGGUCGGGAAAAUCGUGGUAGAUCUGCAGAGGGCGAGGGAAUGCUAUAAUAAUUGCCUCAGUUUGUAUGGAAAGAAGGGAGCCAGUGAUGGGCACAGAUGUCACGAGAUCGAGAUCUUGGAAGGGGGUCAAGGUCAGCAUGGUUUUCAAGGCCAAGGGUGA